GCGCCGGGUCCGCGCUGCCGGCCGCGCUCCUGGCGCUGCAGGCUGCGGCCGCUCCCAGCAAUGAUUAACCCGGCGGGCCGGCCGGCGCGGGGCCCGGGGCGGAGGCGCGGGACCGGGGCGGGAGCCCCGAGGGCCGCUCAGCUUCCUGCUCUCGCCCAAGUUUCCUCGUAGAGGGCGCAGUGCCGGCCGGGGCCCGCGGCGCGGCGUGGCGCAGGGCGCGGCGCCGGGCGCGCGUGGGCGCGGAGCGGGCCGCCGGGGUCACCAUGAGGACUCUCCGCAGGUUGAAGUUCAUGAGUUCGCCCAGCCUCAGUGACCUGGGCAAGAGAGAGCCGGCCGCCGCCGCCGCGGACGAGCGGGGCACGCAGCAGCGCCGGGCCUGCGCCAACGCCACCUGGAACAGCAUCCACAACGGGGUCAUUGCCGUCUUCCAGCGCAAGGGGCUGCCCGACCAGGAGCUUUUCAGCCUCAACGAAGGCGUCCGGCAGCUGCUGAAGACAGAGCUGGGGUCCUUCUUCACGGAGUAUCUGCAGAACCAGCUGCUGACGAAAGGCAUGGUGAUCCUGCGGGACAAGAUCCGCUUCUAUGAGGGACAGAAACUGUUGGACUCGCUGGCGGAGACGUGGGACUUUUUCUUCAGUGACGUGCUCCCCACGCUGCAGGCCAUCUUCUACCCGGUGCAGGGCAAGGAGCCGUCCGUGCGCCAGCUGGCCCUGCUGCACUUCCGGAACACCAUCACCCUCAGCGUGAAGCUGGAGGGGGCGCUGGCCCGCACCCACGCCCGCGUGCCCCCCGCCAUCGUGCAGAUGCUGCUGGUGCUGCAGGGGGUGCACGAGUCCCGGGGUGUGACCAAGGACUACCUAUGUCUGGAGACGCUGAUCCAGAAGGUGGUGUCGCCCUACCUGGGCACCUAUGGCCUCCACUCCAGCGAGGGCCCCUUCACACACUCCUGCAUGCUGGAGAAGCACCUCCAGCGUCGCUCCCGCUCAGGGGACGUCCUGGCCAAGAACCCAGUAGUGCGCUCUAAGAGCUACAACACCCCGCUGCUGAACCCCGUGGCAGAGCACGAGGCCGAGGGCGCGGCUGCUGGCGGCCCGGGCAUCCGCAGGCACUCGGUCUCCGAGAUGACGUCCUUCCCCGAGCCCCAGGGCUUCUCCGACACGCCUGGCCAGGGCCCCACCGCGGCCUUCAGACACUCUCCGGUCCCCCCGUCGGGGCCCUGCCCCAGCAGACUGUAUCCCCCCGCCCAGCCCCCUGAGCCCUGCCCAGACCCAGCCCGAGGCUCCCCUCCCUCCUCCAGCCCGGAGAACCUGGUGGACCAGAUCCUGGAGUCCGUGGACUCGGAUUCCGAAGGGAUCUUCAUUGACUUUGGCCGGGGUCGGAGCUCUGGCACGGCUGAGCUCGAGGGGACCGGGGACCGGCAGAGCGUCGUGUGAGGGCCUCGCGUCUUCACCGACCCCGUGUGCGUGUGCCUGUGGGGUGCGUGCGUGCGAGAGGUUUUUUUUUUUACUCUGUCCCGUCCCAUCCCGUCCGCCACGGGCCCCGGCCCUUCUGCCAUUCCUGAGUCUUUGCUGGAAAAACCGUCACCGCCCCGGCCCCCGGCCCCACCCCAUGCUGGGUCGCACGGGCCCCCGGGGGCACUGGUCAGCCACGUGUGCGCGGAACAGACACGGCCACUCUGGCCCUCCGGCGUCCCCAUCCGCAGAGACUGUGAAUCCUGUGGCUCAGCCAGGCCUCCGGAAUGACUCCCAGAGCAACGGGGGGGGGGGGGGGGGGGGGUCGGUGGCAGACCCCCCUCCCCCUUCCCCUCACCUCAGGCCACGACGUGACCUCCUUGUGCCAGCCUGUCCCAGACCCUCCCAGCAGGGCGGCCGCGGGCAGGAAGAGGAUAGAAUAAAACCUGUCUGCCCCCAUCCUGAGCUCGUGUCUGCGACGCCAGGCC